AUGAAUGCCGGAAAUGUAUUCAUUUCCGAAAUAACAACAAAAUUCGAACAAUUACCAUUUGUUUACCAAGUAGAAGUAUUAGCUCAUGUGCAUUGGUAUGGAAAGAAUAUGGCUAUAAAAGAACAAGCCGAUUUGGAGGACCAUUACAGAUAUAAUUCUAAGGAUUUGAUGAAUGAUAUCUACAAAAAACAAUUAGCCAAACCUUAUAAUUUCACUCAACUUAAACAAGAAAUCGCUCGUCUCAAAUACCAAGAGUUAGCACCCCAAGUCAGAAAUGAAAGUACGAGAUUGAUACAAUUAAUUACCGAAGCGAAAAAUAAAGCUGGAAAAGGAGGUUUUGCUCCCAUAGUUGACUUACUCCUAGAAACCCAAAAACAAAUCAUGCAGGCUACCGAAGCUUCUCAAAGAGAUAAAUUAAAUGGCAAUAUGGAAGCUUACCAAAACAUUCUCGAGACCAGUUUAACCAAAGAAGAACUCCAAACUCUUUUAACCAAACAAUCAGAACUUCACCAAUUAGAACAAUAUUUACGAAUCAAUGAUCAAGCAGCUCAAAUCCGCCAAUCUUCUCCUCCAAAACCCCUUUAA